AUGGCUCUGAAACGCACAUUCAAGCUCAACACAGGCUAUGAGAUACCCGCCGUUGGACUGGGAACAUGGCAAUCUAAACCGAGCGAGGUUGAGGAAGCGGUAACUGCGGCGCUGAAUAUUGGCUAUCGUCAUAUCGACGCUGCUGCGGUCUACGGUAAUGAGCGCGAUGUUGGGAACGGAAUUAAGGCAUCUGGUGUGCCGCGUGGAGAGAUAUUCCUCACGAGCAAAUUAUGGAAUACCCAUCAUGACCCUGAGAACGUCGAAGCUGCAGUAGAUCGAUCCCUUAGCGAUCUCCAGACGGAUUAUCUUGAUCUUUACCUUAUCCAUUGGCCAGUGGCCUUCCGCUACUCAACCACAACCAUUCAGCCUGUCGAUGAGAAAACCGGUUUAAUCGAUGUGAUAGACGUACCAAUUAAAGAUACAUGGGCUGCGAUGGAGGCACUUGUAGCUAAAGGCAAAGUGCGGUCAAUUGGAGUUAGCAACUUCAACCGCAGGAGGAUCGAGGAGCUCCUCAAGACGGCAAAAAUACCACCGGCAGUCAACCAAAUUGAAGCUCAUCCUUACCUCCAACAAAGGGAGUUACUCGAAUGGUCUAAGGAAAAGGGCAUUCUCAUAACCGGAUAUUCACCACUAGGAAACAAUAUUUACAACAUUCCUCGAACCGUAGAUGAUCCCCUCGUCAUCGAGGUCGCCAAAUUCUUAAACAGAACUCCAGCUCAGGUUCUCAUUAGCUGGGCUGUGCAACGGGGUACAGCAGUGCUCCCAAAAUCAGUUACCCCUGAGAGAAUCAAAAGCAACUUUCGAGACUUCAUUCUACCCGAAGACGCCUUCCAGGCUAUCCAGUCGCUAGAACGACACCAGCGGAUGAAUUUCCCAGCCCGACUUGGUGUGGAUAUCUUUGACGAGGUUGGUGAGGAGAGUGCACGGAGAAGUGCUCUUGAGUGGGCUGAGGGACAGAGAUUGUCGAAAAGUCAAGCCUAA